AGUCGCCAGUAUGGCUGACUUUCCGCUGCAGGGCUGAAAAAUCGCAGAUCGAAAGGGGAGAGAACUUUAGAUCUAGAUCUGUGAGAAAGAGGCAAAGAAAGGAGAGGGAAGAGAGACGGAUACGAUUAGAUCUAUUAAGGAAAAUAAAAAUUAGUUGAGAAUGAGAGGGAAGAGAGAUGGAGGAAAAGGAGAAAACCGCAGGGGCGCCCCCGCUCGACUCUGACCUCCCAAUGUUCUCCUUGUCCACGUCCGCUGGUCUCCAAACCACAAAUUCACGGUUCAUAGCCCAGGUAUACUGUUUUGCUUUCAAUUUUGAUUUCCCUCCUUGGAAGUAACCUAAUUCUAUGAGUAUUUGAAUUUAGCAAGCCGGAGAGCAUCCAAUGACCAAUUUCCAUGCCCUUUGUUGGGUCUGGAUCUCAGUCCGACAAUUCGCGAUUCUUACACCCAGGGUAUUCAUUGAAUUUUCAUUUUCCUCCGUUGCCAAUGGAGCUGAAAGAAUCAUUAUUAUAGACAAAGGGUUUAGUUUCCGGCAAGACUAAAGCUUUGUUUGGAGACAACUUUCUCGAUUAGCUUUAGUAUUUUAGUGUUUGGGGUAAAAUUUUAAUCGUUUAGAUUAAUUCUCAAAACGCUAUAGCUUUUUCAAAACGCUAGCACUAAUCUCUGGCACACUGAUGCCAAACGGGGCCUAAAUCAAAAUGACAAAUUAAACUUCCCUUGCCUCUUAAUUUCUAUGUAAUCAAAAUGACAUCUUUUCUGUUUUUUUUUCCAGGGUAAGACUCCGUCCAUUUUGACCUUCAAACCCCAACAUUUUGAGAUUAUAUUGAGUUGUUCUUGUUGGCUUUUCAAAGCAUUUCAUUUAGACUUUAGCCUAAACCCAUUCUUUUCUUAAAAUUCUUCAUGAAAGGGUAUGGAUUUCUCUCCGAGACCAGCCUUCUAAUUGGACAAUUAAAGGUCUUUCGUAUGGCGAUUUCCAUUCUUGAUGCCUCCUUUAUCUUGAUGCUGUAUUUUUUAUAUGACUGAAGUUUUUUAUAUGUUCAUCCAUUUGAGAAGUUCACUUUCUUCCUCAUGUAGUAAUUUUAUUUUCUAUGUUUCACACUCUGUUGGUCCUAUGCAAUGUGUAGCAUGUAGUGUAUAUACCUUAUAAUGUUUUGCUUUAUUUUAUGUUUGUAUAUCAUUUGGGCCAUUGCAACCUUGACUAACCAAAAGGACUUCAGUGUCUAACCUAUGCUUCACUCAAUGAUUCAUUUCUCUUGUGGAGACAUUUAUACUAUAUUUGGUUCAAGGAAUUUGGAAGGAAAAGAAAAGAAAACAAUUUUCUCUUAUUUUCCUCACCAAAGUACCAAAGUGGGAGGAAUUUGGUUUUCCCUCCUCUGAGUACAAUUUACCUUCUCAUUUUCUUUUCGUUCCACUUUUCUUUCUUUUCCUCUCUAACCAAACAUGAAAUGUUGUUUUCCCUCUAAUUUUAUUUUCUUUUACCAUUCAAUUCCUUGAACCAAACACAGUGUUAAUAUUAUCUGAGGGAUCAAACUUCAUGUGCUUUAUAUUUUUUAUAGCAGAUAAUGGAUUUUGGUUCAGAAAUGAUUCAAGAUUGGAUGCCAGUUUCUGAUUGAUCAGUGAGGUUUGUUCAUUGUAGGGGAAAACUGGUAACUUUUCCAUUGCACAUAAAUUGCUAGAGGUUCAAAGGUAACAAUAAUGUGAGUUGUUACUAGAUUGAUAGAUUUAUAAAAGUAUAUGAUGGGUUUUACUCACCGUAGUUAUUACUUAUCUACAGUGGCAAAUAACUAAAUAUUACCAGAAAAAUAUAUAGCCUAUGAAUAUUAGUUAUGAGCAUGAACUAUAUUCACUCACAAACUCAAGGAUUAUCUUAGCUUGAUCUUGCUCUUUAAUGGCUUCUUUUAUGACAAACCUGCACGAGUGUCACCAGUCAUGAGUCACCACAUAACUAUUUCAAUGACAAUUUGACUUUCAUUAUUAAAAUAGUAUUUCUGUGAUGGUAAAAUUGUGUCACUAUUUAAUUUUUUAUGAUAACUUGUGUUGUUAUUACAAGUACUAUGUUAGUCACAAAGGAACUUUUGUAAUUAAGAUGAUUUUUUUAUGAUAACUAAGUAUAAUGUCAGUUGUCACUAAAUUGUUACUAUGUUUUAAAGACUGAUAACUUAGUCAUUUAUUAUGAUACAUAGUGAUGACAAACUACAUAAUAUAUUUGUGAGCAAGAAAGGAGCUUCAAAUUCCUGGAGAGGAAUUACUGUUGUCGAGAGUUGUUGAGCUUUGGAAUGGCUCCAGUGGGUGGCAAUGGGAGAAAAUCCCGAACCUCCCACCUGACAUUGUUUCUUUGAUGCAACUACAGGUGAUGGAGUCGGAGACAGACAUCUAAGACGAAUACUACUGGAAGCAUGACCCGAUAAGUUAAAGUGCCAAGCGAGAUGAAGAUCAUAUUGUGGACUAUUUGCCAUGAAAAGGAAAUGGAAAAGCUGAACUAAGGAAAAGAGGCCUUACUUGAGAUAGCUCUUGCCAUUUCUAUAGCGAUAACGAGGAGACCAUUGCUCACAUAUUCAGAACAUGCCCAAAAGCAAGGCAGAUCAGGCUGCUAGAGAUUGGGUACUAAAGUGGAAACCAGCCAUUGACCAAGAGUUUACUUUGAAUGUCGAUGGGAGCACAAAAAAUAAUAGCAAACAGGUCUGGGGCGGCGGAGUCAUUUGCAGCAACAGUGUAGAAUGGUUGGGUGGGUUCGCGUGCAGAACUAUGCCGACUAAUAUUGAGGAAAUUGAAGUCAAAACCAUCAGAAUAGGAAUCCAAUGGGCAUGGGAGAGAGCAGUGAGAGAUCAUGAGGUGCAGUCUGAUGCUGCAGAAGUGUACAAAUGGGUUAAGGGCUUGACCAGUUUGAGUGGUAUGGUUAAUCAUGGCUUGUUUUCUCAAGAAUGAUAACCCCCCUUCUCUCGCUCUCACUGUUUCCUUUGCCGGGGGGAUUUUGGGGGGGGGGGGAUGGAUUUAUGACGGUGGUCGCUCCACCACUGCUUACCGUUGUCUAUCUUGGUUCUAACAUUGUCCUCUAGCGCAUGCCACGGCAAAGCUCUUUGGCUCCACAAUUUGCUAUGUGAAAUUGACUUCACGCUUUUCUGUCUUCUACAUUUUGAAAACAUAGAGCCACAAUAUCCAUGACAGUUUUGAGCUAUAUAUUGAUGAUUUUAGUGCAGGUACAAUUGCAGAGAAUACACACUAUGAAAUAGCUACAAAGAGAAUGAUUAAGGUACAAACUAAAAUUUGGGCUUUUUUACUUGGG